CCUCUUUAUUAGUAUCAACACCUUCCCCUUCAGAAAAGCACGCACCCAUCCCCUUGUUCGUCAUCCAUUAGCUAUCGUUAAAGAGCGUGUGUCUCCCCGAAGCGCUACAGUCUUCUGACUGAGCCUUCGGGAGAUCCAUAACGCUCGGCCUGAGUUCUUUUGUCUGGCUGCCUUUGGACUGUUGUCGAUCUUCGCACGGCGUGUCGAACGACAAGUCUACCCUAUAGUCGAUUUUGAUCUAGUCAACUUUGUCAUAUCUCAUUCCCAUCAAUUUAUUUUGCUCAGCAUGGCGGACUACUUCACCUACGUGCCGGGUGGUCCUAACUGGACGAGCACGCAGCCCAUGGACAUCAUCGUCGAUGAACCAUACCACUGUGCCAUGACCGAAGAAAAGGAGCAGGAGAUUGUGGAGGCCGAAAACGAAAAGCUCGAUCAGUUGCAGGCCAAGUUCACCAGAGGCUUCGACCCGUCCACCUUUGGCAACGAAGUGAUCUCGGCUCUCCCCAGUCUCGCACGCUCCACAUUUCCUGGGACCUAUGAACAUUUUCUGAUGUUGUUGUUCACCACAGACGACGAGAUGCAUGACAUGCAAGUGCAGCUCGAGCAAUGGUUGCUGCAGCGCUAUGGACAGGUUUUCGACGACGGCAUCCCGCGGAUCGAGACGAACAUCGCCGACGAGACCUAUUUCGCCGUCGAGAUCGAGACACUGAGAAGACUGCUCGAGCCUUUGCGUGGAGACUGUGCGAGUCCAGUCUACUGGCAUAAUGCCAGACGGGCAAGCCCAACGAAAGCUCGGAAGCAACUGGAGGCGUCAAUCAAGGUGGUCAACGUGUUCAAGAAGGACCUCAUCGCGGCCAUCCAGUUCGACCCCCAGGAACGCAAGAUCGUUAACCCUCUCCCGAUCUCGGUCGAGCGCUCGGCCUUCGUGAGCUUGAAGCAGAUUCGCACCGACGCGUGCAAGGGCACACUGUAUUGGGACGAGUAUAAUCAGAGCAGCCUGGUCCUUACCCUGUUCUACCAUGCAUACAAGGGGCUCGUCUGCCGCACCAACCCAACCAAGGCACGCAAAUGGGGUUGGCUGCCGCCCGAGACGCUUGAGGCUCCCCGUCCAUCGAGCGCGCAGGCAUGUCUGGGAGAUCUCGCCCACUGGCCGCUCAGACAAGAGGGCAAUAACAAGUACGAUCUGCUCAUCCGGACCGCGCUCUGGCUGGCGCUGGGAAGAGGUCUCCCCGCCGUGCAUCUAUUCUGUGAUUGUGCCAGAGUCUUCACAUCUCUGAUGCCACCCGAGCAUGCGAGCCCGAAGGGGAUUGUCUUCCUGCGCCGUCUAACCCAGCUUCGUCUACCCGUGGAGGCCAUUCGAUCCAAUCUUAAAGUUCCGGUUCCAUUCCAGAAGCGGUCCCUGAAGAGUGAUAACCACGAGUACUUCGAGGACGUCUGGCGCUCCGACCAGGACCUGGAGAAGGACUUGGCUCGGAACGUCACCCUGUAUGGGAUGGACACGGCGAAAGCCGUCCGUCAAGCAAGACCCCCUCCGCCUCGCCGCUCGUUCAAGCGACAGACCCAACUCAUCAAGGACGCUCUCACCGUGGAGGAGGACUUCACGCACGUGUGGCCACGCAAGGAUGCGGCAAGUAAGCUCUCCUCAUUAAUCUGUUCAGCUGGUCUAACACGUUCUACACGUCCAUAGAUCCCCGUGCAGCCUCGUCUCCCCACUGUUCCCGAGCCUGUUUGGAAGCCCCAACCUAAGCCGGUCGAGCCGGAUAUUUUCGACGAGGGAGAAUACGUUACGGUUCUCAUCUGAGCUGCAAGAAACCUCGCAUUUUCCAGCCGGUCAGAGCUUCCUGUUUCGAAGUCAAGAUCUCAUCCACCUAUCGACCUCAAAACCGUCCAUUCUCCUCUCUUGCCCCGAACAUCACCGAAAAACCCUCCACCCUCGAUCAUAUCCUUCGGUUCUCCCAGCCCUCCCCCCGUAAAGAAAACCCCCCACUCAGAGAUGGAAAAGCAGAGACUGGCACGUCAUCAAUUCCAGACCACGAGCCAACCUAAGUCCCUCCACCUCCAUCACCGAGUAUCGAAACGGUCCAAUAAC